AUGGGAUUCGACGAUGAUGAUCCUCCUUUCCGUCAUCGAAUACAGACUUAUGAUCUUAACAGUAAGAUCAUGCUCACAGCCAUAAUUUCAUUAUCAUUGGUGGUGCUGCUUGUCACAAUCCUCCACAUAUAUGCAAGAUUCGUCAUUCGCCGCCAAGCACGGCGUCAGGCUGCCUUGCGCCACCUAGCCUUCAUCACAAGCGCCGCUAAUGUCCAAUCAAUGGAGCUACCAAAGACUGGCCUCGAUCCAUCCGUCAUGGCAUCUUUGCCCAUAUUUAUGUUCAAGCAAACAAAUGGAAAUAUUAGUGAUGGAACGGGGUCAAGUUCAAUGGAGUGUUCAGUUUGUUUGAGCUUGUUAGAUGAUGGUGAAAUGGCUAGGACCUUGCCAAAUUGUAAGCAUACUUUCCAUGCAGAGUGCAUUGACAAAUGGUUUGGAUCAAACUCAACCUGCCCCGUUUGCCGGACGGAGGCCGAGCCCCGGCUAGUGGCAGAGCCACGGGAGGACGUGGCGGCGCCCUCGGCUCCACCAUUCCAUGGUGCUAACUCUAUGAUCAUAACAAGCAUGGAAGGUACAUCAGAUGGUGGAAUUUUAUCCACAGAAAAAAUUGUUGGAUCAAGUUCAAGAUUAAGUUCAUUCAAAAGAAUUCUUAGCAGGGAAAGAUCAUUCCGAAGAAUCCAAUCCUGUGGUCAAGAAGAUGGCUUGCCUGAUCUCGAGAGGCGGUGA